UGAUCAGCUGUGUCCAAUCACAGCUUAUCACAUGGCAGUGAUGAUCAGUGUGCCCUGAUGAUCAGUGUUGCCUCAGAAGUGCCACCUGUCAGUGUCCAUCAGUGCCAGCAGUCAGUGCUCAUCAGUGCCACGUGCCAGUGCCCAUUAGUGCCACAUCAAUGCCACAUAUCAGUGCAUACCAGCGUACAUCAAUGCCACAUAUCAGUGCCCAUCUAAGCUGCCUUUCAAUGUCACCCAUCAGUGCCAGUCAGUGCCACCUAUCAAUGCCAAUCAGUGCCACCUAUCAGUGCUCCCAAUCAGUGCCACCUAUCAGUG